AUGGCCUUUGAGGUGCUCCUGGAUCAAGUAGGAAGCCUGGGGAGAUUCCAGAUCCUUCAGCUGGCUUUCUGUUGCAUCAUCAGCAUCCUACUGUUCCCUCAUGUUAUGCUGGAGAACUUUACUGCAGCCGUCCCUAGUCAUCGCUGCUGGGUCCACAUCCUCGACAAUGACACUGUCUCUGACAAUGACACUGGGACACUCAGCCAAGAUGCCCUCCUGAGAAUCUCCAUCCCACUGGAUUCCAACUUGAGGCCAGAGAAGUGUCGUCGCUUUGUUGUUCCCCAGUGGCAGCUCCUUCAUCUGAACCAGACCUUCUCAAACAUGAGUGAGGCAGACACAGAGCCAUGUGUGGAUGGCUGGGUGUAUGAUCGAAGCUUCUUCUCAUCCACCAUUGUGACUGAGUGGGACCUGGUGUGUGAAUCUGAGUCACAGAAAUCACUGGCUCAAUCCCUAAUUUUGACUGGGUCGCUGCUGGGAUGUCUGAUAUAUGGUUAUCUUUCAAACAGGUGA